UACAUUUAAGCUAACAAUUUUGCAUGCAACUCUUCCAUGGAUAUACUUUCCAUAAUUAUGCAAAUUUACUCUUUUUCCUAAUUCUACAGCUGCCAAUGGGGACAACGUGAGCUCAGUGGAUAUAGCUGAGGUACAGUUCAUAGUGAAUGAGAUACGAUCUGCUCUGGACACACCUCCACCAGAGAAUCGUGAUGGUAUUGACUUUUCUUCUUUACACACCAAUUUCAAGAGUGACUCUGAAAACAGUCGAGCUCCGAACGCCUUAACUGAACUGGAUAGCGAAAAGCCUGUCUUGGAUUUAAAAGAUUUAAUUGGUUUCUACACACAAUGUUCACAAGAACCUUCAGAGAAUCGUGACAGCCUCUUUUUACAACCCAAGAGUGCCUCUGAAAACAGUCGAGCUUCAAACGCCUCAACUGAACUGGAUAGUGGACAGCCUCUCCUGGCUUCAGAAGAUUUGACUGGCUUCUACACACAACCUUCGCAAGAACCUUCAGAGAAUCGUGUACAAACCAAGAGUGGCUCUGAAAACAGUCGAACUUCAAACGCCUCAACUGAACUGGAUAGCGAACAGCCUCUCCUGGCUUCAGAAGAUUUGAGUGGCUUCUACAAUGAUUCUCCACUUAUUAAAGUACAUAGCUCCCGUAGCACUGGGAAUUCAACAGGUGAUGGCCAAUCUUCUCUGAAUCAGCCGAAACUUGAUCGAAUGAAACAGGGGAUGUCAAAACUUGAAAACAAUGUCCUUCUAUCAGUAAAAGAAGAUCUGAAAGAAAGUAUGUUUAUGAAUCCAGAACCCGAACAAAGAGAGUCUCUACUCUCUCCCACCACCACCAAAACUCGCAAGGUUACUGAUGGCAGAAAAAUCCAAAACAAAGUACAUGUAAGUUUCCCUGCAGAGAGAAUGGUAGAUAAGCAACUCUCAACUAGUAGUGAAGAAACAGACGAAACGAGUAAGGCCGGUGAUGAUAUUUCCCAAUCAAAUAUGUCAAUUUCAACACGGCAUGUGUCCAUUUCCUCAAAACUUCGUCGAACGAAAAAUUCUGCAAUUCAUUCACGAGCAAUUCAAUCAGCCGCUGCCAAAAUUCAGUUAUCGUACUCUGGUAAUAGUGCCAGUCGAGUACAUAGCUCUAUGGCAAGUGGUGUAGCUAGGAGCAGAGAGUUGUUGUCGGGUGUGUCCAGUCCACAGCGACCGCAGGUGGUGUUGGAUUGUCAGAGUGAGCUCAACGAUAUUCGAUUACUGACAGAAGACUUUCUGAAAUCCGUGAAUCCGCCUGAGAUGAGUAUAUCCCGUCCCUCUACCCCAGAAACUACUGAACAGCCCUCCAAAAUACAAACCAGACAGAGGGGGGUUAGUCGCAAUGGGUCGAAACACCUCUUCAUCCUGACAGAAGAGGAGGCUGACAAAACACCAGACUCAUCGACGCAAGAGGAGAUUUCCAUUGAGAGGGAGAGACUAGACAGAGAGAGAGAGGAGAGGGCGAGGGGAUUGAGGGAUGAGUUGGAGCAGAGUUUAGAUACCCGUGAUGCCAUUAGAAUGAGAAGGCAGCAGCUGGCUGAGGCUGAAAGACAUGCCCAAGAAGCUGAGGCUGAGAGACAGCAAGUGCUGGAUGAGGAGAGAGCUUUCAAGGCAAAGAGAUUGGAACAGGAGAGAGGCAAACAUCUGGAGAAACUGAAAAGGGAAGCGGACGAGAGGCAUAACCACGACCUAUACUAUGAAGGCAUGCUUGAAGACCACUACAGAAUCAUUCAAGUUUGGGAUGAAGUAGACUUUGCUUACAUGUCAUAUUUUCUCGGACAAGAAUUUUCUGAAAAUAUUCGCAAGAAAGAACAAGAUGAGAUUUGUUUAAAGAAAGAGAAAAUGGAAAUGUUUGUUAAAGAAGCUCUCGAUUUUCAACACAGAGAAUUGAUGCAAAAACUCGUUAUUGCUCAGAAAAAAUUCAUGUCUGGAUUAGAAAAUGAAGUUGAAGACUUGGAACAUUUAGUGUGCAUAUCUAGAGCGUUUAUAUAUUCCUACUUCAAGGGAGCACCUGAACAAACUUUACAAUAGUGUGCCAGAAAAUUUGCUUUAAUUAAUUACUGUCUUUGUGCCGGUUUUUUCAAUUUGUAAUGUAACGAUCUCUUCCAUUC